GCAUACAUAUGUAUAUUACAUAAUGAUAACGAAUAAUAUUAUAAUAACGAAUAGUAUAAAUAUAAUAAUAUAUACUGUAUUUAACAUCAAUAGAUCUCGCAAGUCAAUCAGAUAUUUCUAAUAAAAUUUCGUUUACUGUAAUAUGCGUAACUUUUAUCCUUAUUUUCUAAUUUUAUAUUUAAAUUUCAUAAAUCUAACACUUAGAAAUGUGAUAUAGUUAACUAUAAAGAUUUAAAGGAAUAGUAAAGUAUCUAUUAUAGAAGCCUUUCAAGGCAAAACGACUUUGAAGCCAAUAACAUUCGACAAUAACACGUAAGUCACUUUGUGUUUACAGAAAUUCAUAUAGUAUCAAUGAUAGCGACAGUUUUCAAAAGAGAAGAUUGUAUCACGUUAGACGCGCAAACGUGGAGAUCGUUAAGAGAAUAAAAAUUCUUUUCCAGUAUUAAUCGGAUUAGUACUUUAUAUUUGGACGCGACGAACUGAUUCACAUUGUUUCUGUAUAUCUCGUAAUUCUCCGUUUGUGAUUUGUUCACAUUGGACGAUUUCACCAUACGCAAAAGUGAUUUGACGUAUUGAUACGAAGAACCCUCAUUACAUCAACAAUAAGCAAUAAUGAAUGAAUACAUGUCGGAUUACGUAGACCAUCUGAAGUCAUUGAUACCGGCGAAACAUGAUCCUGAAACGGACCCUGUCUUGUGCGUGGAUAAGUGGGAUCUUCUUGACGAGGUUCGGCAAAUGUUAACAGCAUCAUUUAAAGCAGCGAUUUCACAAAAACAAACGAGACUUACUAAAAUGGAGACAAAUGAUAUAGCGAGACCAAUAGAAGACAGAAUGGGUAUAUUAUAUAAGAAAAUAAAUAAAGCAGAGUCAAAAGUAAACGAUGUUAUAGCUCUAGCAAUAUGUUACUCUAACAUGAGUAUAGUGCGGAGUCGCCACGAAACAAAAAAGAAAUUAUUACUACGUAAGAGUUAUUUGAAGAAAUCUUUAGAACUGUUAAAUCGAAAAGAAUUGGAUCGCAGAGCCAUUUUGAUAGUUUUGAGGGCAUCUCUACAAUUAGAAUGCGUUUAUCACAAAUUGAAUGAACCAGAGAAAUGUUAUUCAUUGUUGCAUAAAGCGCUCGCGUUAUGUCACAAAUAUACGAAGUACGGAGAAAAAUUUCCUGCGCCUAUCAUUAUACUCUGUGUUAGUCUUGAUGGUGAACCAUUUGAAUUUUAUCCAAACUCUAUGAGUUCCUUCGUGACUCUAUAUGAAAAACUUGUAAAACCUGUAGGUGAAAUAUUUAAAAUUGACUUAAUUACAUGCAGUCUACAUAGUCUUGCAAAAGUUGUUCACAAGUUUUUAAUGCGUCAGUCAAUAAUGGUGAUGGCGAAUCCCGAAGGAAGAAAAGUUUUGAUAUGGGUUCGCGCCGUAAAUGAAUUGUCUAUAUGCUUCUCGCACUACUGUGCACCUCGCGUUCACUUAAAUAAAGUUAGGAAUUGUCUUGCUGCUGCACAGUAUGUGCUGGAACUAUAUGAAAAAGUUACUAAAGAAACAUCUAAUAACUGAAGAUUUUUAUGAUAAAUAUUAUUAUGUUGUAAAAGCGAGUCUCGGUUUAUCAUGGGGUGAGUAUGGCAAUGAACUGUUAGUUUUAUCGCAUUAUAACUUUUUGUAUGGUAAAACUGGUAGAAGUAACAAAAUUCACAAAGCAACUAAAUCAAUGUCUUAUACAAAGUCUGCGGAAUCUUUCAUAUUGAGUGAUUUUCUUCCAAACGUGGAGAAAAAUCUAAAACCUAUCACCAAUCAAGUCACUGAUAAAUAUGCUCAGUAAGUAAAAUGAUAACAUUAUGCCAGCAAAAUGCCAACAAAUUCAGUCACAUCUUUGCAGCAGAUUCAUAUCCCACUGCGUCCACAUUAAGCUUAGUUUCUUCCAGCAUGACUUGCUAACACGACAUAACGAUAAAAACACAUCAAUAUUAAAGCAUAUACUUUCUUCGAAAUAUUACAGCAAAACCUCAGUAGAACUUGAGCAUAUUAUACUGUCAAAAUUUGAGGGCAAAAGCAUAGCUAAACUAAGGCAUACCAUACCAUCAAGCAUGACAGCAAAAGCGUAACAAAAGUCGAGUAUAUCGUGCUGGCACAACGUGACAGCAAAAACACAGCAAGACUCGAGCAUAUCCCCAGUAAGCAAAAUGUGUGCAAUAUGCCAGCACAAUCUGACGGCAGAUUGGCAGCA